AAUCUUUUAAAUGAAAGGUUGAAACGUUAUCAUUUCUCCGCAGAAUUUUGCAUGCUUCAACUUGUCAGUAAAAACAAGUCUUUAUGGCAUCUAGUCGAAAAAUUCGGAAACGUCCACUCCCAUUUUAUUGUGAUUCCUCCGACGGAGAAAAUACUUCUUCUUCAGGGAACAUUUAUACUGUUGGUUCGUCUAUUGAUUUGCCCAAAGAUGUUGUAAGUUGGACGGUAUCUAAUCUAGGAAAACUAGGCAUAAUUUACGAUCGAAUUGCUAAGCCGACACCCAACGAUGUUCUUCAAAUAGUUACUGAUAAAACUGGCUAUUAUGGAUAUUUAACUAGAGGCCAACAAGAACUUAAAGAUCUUCUUUUUGAACACCUCGACAUUGAUCUCACCAAGGAUAAAUUAAACCGAAAACAGUACUACCUCAAAGGAGAAAUUAUAAAUGAUCUUCAAUUGAAUGCAGACAGAAUACAAAAUGAGCUAGAACAUGGAUCUAAUCAGUCACCUAGUCAGUCAGUGAUUUACAAACAUGCUUUAGACUUUAUAAAAGAAGUCAAACGUCUGGUUAACAAGAUGGCAGAUUGCAACAAUUUAGGACACGGACCAGUUCCAGAAGCAUUUUAUACGUCAGUAAUGUCCAGUUUUGCAAGACUUUGUAAUUUAACACCUUUGUCAGGACAACUAUAUAAAACCACCAUAAAAAUAGCUGGUGUAAAAGUAACAUCAGUUCCUGAUCUUGUAUUGGAGAAAAAUGAGGAUAUCACUUCACAUUCUGUAUCAUCAACUGUUACCAUUGCAGAGGUGAAGAAAGCAUCUAUUAAUGCAAAUAAAGAAGAAAGGAAAGAAGUUGACCAAGACCAAAAGGCAAACAUCCAACACUGGCUCAGUGAUGAAGUGCUUGGACGACAUGGAGGAGAACUUCUCUUAGCAUGGAAUUCUAUGGAAACAGGAUUUGUUCCAGGGAUGAUCAUUAUAGGAACAAAGAUAUACUUCACAUUGCUACACAUAAAUUAUUACCAUGUUCAUCUCCUUGGACCUGGGGUAAAAAAUAUGAAUGAAGUUGGAAAACAAAAGGCAACUGUGUAUUAUUCAGAACCAAAAGACAUAUUAGUUAAAGAUGAUAGAAAUGAUCUGAUUCAGUCAAUGAUGAGAUUGAAUAAUUAGUACAUUUGUGUGUUCUAUGAACAUAAUCAUUUGUUUAACUUUAUAUUUUGAUCUUUAAGAUGGAUAGAGUUGUUUUCUUAAUAAAUCUAUAUAGCUCAAUUGUCCCACACGGCCAAGUGAGCUUUUCUUGUCACUUGUGAUCUGUUGUAUUCAUCUGUUGCUGUCUGUAAAUUUUUACAAAAAUCAUCUCCUCUGAAGCUACUUAGCCAACAUUAACUUAACUUGGCCACAAUCAUCAUAGGGAUAUCCAGUGUGACUGUAAUUUUAAUAAUAUCAAUCAACUUAUUGUUUUUUACAGACAUUUUCAGCACCCUGAUGAUAAGGGCUAAGGUAUUUUUUCACUGAACUAUUGGACUGAAUAAAAGGCUUUCCAAUAGAUUUUAAAAUUUCAGAAUUUAAAGCAUUAUGGGUAAUUUUGUUGUUGUACUCCAAAUGAAAAUAACAUCAAGUCAUUGGUUGAAUUUCAAUUAUGUAGGACGUUUUUAAAAAAUCACGACAGUUUAGUACAUAUUUGGAAAAUAUUACUCAGAAUGCAUAAGAUUCUGAAACAGUGAAUUAAAUUGCAGUAUACUUGUAAUGAGUUUUUUUAAUAUUAUUUAUCAAAUUUCUGAUGCUUACCUGAUCAAUUUUUAAUUGAUGCAUACUAAGAAUAUACAGUCUGUUUCAAUUGCAUUUGUGAAAUGUUAUUACAUUAUGAUAUAAGUCAGCUUU